GCCGAGCGUCCUCGCACACAGGACAACACACUCGCAGUACAAUAGACGCGUUGCACAUCAAAGACACGACUCGGAUCUGCGACCUGAAUUUCGGCUGUUUAGAGGACAUCUGCGUGUUUCCUGCGCCGUGCAUUUCACUUUCAGCUCUCGCCAGCAGACAUGGAUGAACACUUCGACGCACGAGAUAAAGUAGAGAGGAAGGACCGGGGCGGCUCGCGAGCCAACGGCGUCCCAAGCCCCGCCCACAGCGCGCACUGCAGCCUGUACCGCACGCGCACGCUCAAGGCGCUCAGCUCGGAGAAACGAGCCAAAAAGGUCCGCUUCUACCGGAACGGAGACCGCUACUUCCCCGGGCUGGUGUGCGCCGUUUCCUCCGAGCGUUUCCGCACGCUGGACGCGCUGCUGGUCGAGCUGACGCGCGCGCUCACCGACAACGUGCACCUGUCCCAGGGCGUGCGCGUCAUCUACGUCAUCGACGGCUCGAGAAAGAUCACCAGCAUCGAUCAGCUGCUGGAAGGAGAGAGUUAUGUAUGUGGCUCCAUUGAGCCCUUCAAGAAGCUUGAUUACAUGAAGAAUAUCAACCCCAACUGGUCUGUGAAUGUGAAGGCAUCUGUAUCUACUAGAUGCCUCACCUCCCUCUCCAACUCUAAACUCGGGCCCCAUGAGUCUAAAGAGAGCAAGGACUUCAUCAGGCCCAAGCUGGUCACUAUCAUACGCAGCGGUGUGAAGCCGCGCAAGGCUGUUCGGAUUCUGCUUAACAAGAAGACAGCUCAUUCGUUUGACCAUGUUCUCACUGACAUCACGGACGCCAUCAAGCUUGACUCUGGGGCUGUUAAGAGGAUCUACACUGUUGAAGGAAAGCAGGUCACAUGCCUUCAGGACUUCUUUGGUGAUGAAGACAUCUUCAUUGCAUGUGGACCUGAGAAGUUCCGCUACCGUGAUGACUUCCUGCUGGAUGAGAGCGAAUGCAGGCUGAUGAAAUCCUCCUCCCCUGGAAAGAGUCUUCUAAGUAGAGCAUCUCCGAGAAACGUGACACCCGGCAGACGCAGCAAGUCGCCCUUAGUAAACGGGACUCCAGCAAGCCAGCUGUCUACACUGAACUGUACAAAGUCACCCAGUCCUACUCCAGCCAGUCCAGGGAACCUUAAGAAGGAGAAAGACAAGACAGGCACCAAGCAUGCAACCUAACUCCACACACUCAGUCAGAGGGGAACUAGCAGUGGGAUACCUAGCAAUGGGAAAUCUCCUGAAUGGUGUCACAUACUGUACGUUCACACUCACUAAGCCAUCAGAGCCAUGUGUGAAAGUCCAGCGGAUUUGUUUAUGGGGACCAACCUCUGCCUUCUAGUAGUUUUGUAAUAAGGAAGUAGACACACUGUACCACUACUAGUGGUAUUAGAUUGUACAACUUGAAUCUUGAACGAGCAUGCAACUCAGUGGGAGUUAGGGGUUUUUACUGGCUACACUCAUUUCUCUGGUCUGUGUGUAAAAUGGCUAAUGAUGUGUGUAACCACACUGAAGUGUUCAAAAUCCUGCUGCAUCAGUUAAUGAGGAGGCUGUAGUAGUGUGUCCAUGCUCAAUCAAGACUCAUUGCUAACCAUGUAAUUAUGUAAUUACAAAAAAAACUCGUUCAUCUCUCCAUCUCUCUCUCUCUCUCUCUCUCUCACACACACACAGUUCUUGAUUAUCAAUAUCUCUAAUAAUUUUUCCUAAAUGUGACUAUAGGUUUUUUAUAGGUGAUUCCAGUGUGUGGUGAUGUAAACAAAACAGAGUUGUCUGUUAGAUUAAAGGAUGAAUAAAUGACGUCCCUGAUGUCUUGCACUAUAUACUUGAAAGUGGCGAUUUCUGGUUCCACAGUGUGUCUGGAGCUCAAUCUUUCCUCGGGUUGCCUAUAUAAUUAUCUAAAAUAAUAUAUGGCUGCUAAAAAAAUUUUUUAAAUCAGCUUGUCCUACAGCUUGAGCCGAUGUAAUAUGUGAGAUAGACAAAUGACACUCCAUGCUCUCAGAGUUCACCCCACCCUGUUUCAUAUGCAGCGCACAUAUCUGCAUCAGUCAGUGAUCACUGGAAGAACACUCGAUGCAGGAUGAUUUCAGUGCACUUUGAUCUGAGGAGUAUUGCUUUGCCCUUUUUGUUGCUUGCCAGAUCUCCAAAAGGCCAUUUCGAUCAAAACAGUCUGAUCAUCAGCUCCUAGCAAGGCUAAAUCUUGAUGGCUUUGCAGCCAUCUGACUUAUAAGUAGGUCACACAUUGAUAAAAAGCUCACAUUUUAUGAAUGGGGUUACGGAGACGAAAAGUCUGCCUGCAUGAAUGCAAAGUUGAGGCACUCCAGCACCGAAUGUUCCUGUUUUUUUUUUUUUUUUUUUGACACAGAAUUGAGCUAGCUCAAAAUGGCAAAAAGAUCUUUAAAAGUUGUGUCUUCUCUGGCAUUUAUGCUUCGAUUUCAAGCUCCCUUUUUUGUUGUGUCUCUGCAUCUUUACCGAGCAACAUGUGCCUCUCUGCAAAUGGCCCCAGCAUUUCUUUUGUCACACUGUACAUAAUGUACCGAUUCCACACUUCCUCCUCAGUUACACAUCAGUUUUAUUUGCUCUAACCCGGCACUGAAAAAAGAGUAAUAAUUAAAGGAAUGUGGAAAAUAAUUUGAACGGGUGGAGAGAGGGAUGAAGUUUAAGCUGUUGCCAUAGCAACAUCAGAUGAAUGGAAGAACAGAUAUGUGAAGAAGAGUAGAGGGCACUAGGGCAAGUAAUGUAGGAUGGAGUGUUACAGAGAAAUGAAGAAAUGACAUAACAUAAAAAGAAAAAUAAUAAUGAAUAAAUAUGUUCCAAUUCACAGCGUUUUUUUCCCCCCUCAAAGAAUCUACUCCUUGUUCUUGUUUUUGGAUCAUUCUAGAAACGAAUUUUCACUUCAGUGCUUUUAAAGAUGGAGUAUUAUAGAAUAUAGUGUGACCUAGUUUUCAGAAUUACAUAAGCGUUUUAACUGCUCUGUAUGAUAGGAGUGUGUGUUUAAUUGUUGUAGUCCUUAGGGAUUUUAUUUUCCUUUUCUCAUAUUUCUCUCCAAUGCUCUUUGGCUCUUUUCCUGGCUGAGCUGCAAAGUUCUUUAAUUUGAAGCAUUAAUCAAUGCACAGAUCCGAAUAUAUGCACAAUGUGUUUAGAAAUUCAGGAUAUGUCUCAGUUUGGCAGCCGUCCCAGUCGUAGCAAUUUUCUGCCAGAAACGUAACAAAAGACAGAGAGAGAGAGAGAGUAGAUCACUUUUAUUUGCAGUUCAGAUUUUUAACAAGCAGGUCAUAUUUCACUUUUUGUAUGCUCAGGCUUAAUAAUGCAUUUUUUUUUAAAUUUUUUUAUUCUAUCCAUAACUCUUCAUUUAUUUACCUCAUUCUGUCAGUCAAAUUAUAGCCUGGCUUUGUAAAGCACCUUGUCUGUUGAGUUGCAUGCUCUUUUCAUUUGUGUGUAUGUUCGCACAUUCAUUGUCAUUAAUUUGACGCUCAUUGUUUUUAAAAAUUGUCGUCUUUUAUUAUUAAUUUAAACAGUUUUUUGUGUUUUUUGCAGUAUAUAUGCAUUUGUCAUCUGUGUAUUUAUGAAAGUACAUUUUGUGCAAGUUUAAAAAAAAAAAUCCUUUCAGUAUCAUGAGAAACAUCACACUGCACACAUGAAAUACAUGCUCAUCUUCUCCUCACUAUCUUACACAGCUGAGUUAAAUGUGAUGGCUGUGUUUGUUCAUCCUUUCAUUCUGUUUUUCAUUUUAUGCAUUGUUUUGGUGUGUUUUUAUUCUGUUAGUUCAUUUAUCCAAUGUUUUAAUUUAUUUAAUGUUUGGAUUGUGUUUUAUCACAUCUGUCAUCCUUCUAGAGUAAGAUCCAGUCUGAUUAUUUAUUGUG